AUGGCGUCCACCGGGAAGCCGCCGCUGGACGACGCGCGUCGCACCACGGGGUCGCCCAAGAUGAAGACACGAGGUGAGAUCGGAUGGAUGAACAAUCUGGAAGACCUCGCGGCGAACAAGAAACGAUUCAACGUGGACUCGCCUAGUUUCACCCCGUCGCUGCUGUCGGGAAAUGGCGCGUCUACCCCCAAGAAGUCCACCAUCUCGCCCAAGGCCGCCAACGCCGCUCCAUUCCAGCCGCGCACUGCGGCAUCCCCAGCGAGACAUGAAACCGCGACGCCCGACUGGACAGUGGCCGAUGUGCAGGAGUUUGUACCGCAGGGCUUUGACGUGGCGCCCCUCCAAGGUAACGGUAAUGGAGGCCUCACAGCCUCGAACGCCUUCGAUCCGUUUGUCAGUGCCUCGACUCCGUUGGGCACUCCAGGUGCUGUGGGCCCCGUGCCGACCAACCCUUACUCUCACGAUCCUGCGGCCGCUUUAGGGGGAGCCGCUUUCUUCGGAAACCAGACUGGCUUCCAGCAACCGGUCCAGUACCAUCUCUAUGCCCCGAUUGGCCCUCACAACCAGAACACCCUGGGCUACCAACGGAAUGUCCAUGAUCUCUUUCUUCCCAGUGACUUCCGCGAAGAACUCCAGAAGAAGGCUGCUGCCACCUUGCAAACCCUACCCAGUACGUUGGACCCAUUCUGCCUUCGAGAGCGCAGUGAGAUUGACAGCAUACUAGACACACAACUGCCUUCCCAAGUCGAUUAUUUCCAUUCCCUCGUCCCCUUGGAUCUCACUCACCAGAAGAACGCGGCUACGUUUGGCUACCCCAGCUGGGUGUAUAAAGCGCAAUCCAGUAAAGAUGGGAACUUUUAUGCCCUCCGAAGACUAGAAGGUUUCCGGUUGACCAACGAAAAGGCCAUCCGAUCCGUCCAAGCUUGGAAGCGGGUGUGCAACGGCAGUGUGGUUACUCUGCAUGAUGCAUUUACCAGUCGAAGUUUCCAAGACAGCUCGUUGAUCUUUGUGACGGACUAUCAUCCGCUGUCCAAAACCCUUGCCGAGCAGCACCUGGGUGCUGGUCAGCGGUUCCAAAACCGGCCGAACACCCAUAUCCCCGAGCAGGUGAUCUGGGGCUAUAUGACUCAGAUUGCGAACGCUGUCAAAUCGAUCCACACCAACGGCCUUGCCGCACGCGUCCUCGAACCGAGCAAGGUUUUGUUGACCGGCAAAAACCGCAUUCGUCUGAACGCUUGUGGCGUUCUGGAUGUGGUGCAGUUUGACUCGCAGCGGACGGUGGCCGAUUUGCAGCGGCAGGAUCUGGUCAAUUUCGGGCAACUGAUUGUGGCCCUCGGUGCCAACCAGCCGAAUGUGAUGCACAACCCGACCAAAGCCAUGGAGCAUUUUACCCGGGCGUACAGCCCACAACUGAAGAAUUCGGUCUUCUGGCUGUUGAAUGGGCUUCAGAAGGACCAGGAUCGGACGAUCGAUAUAUUUAUUACGGGCAUUUCGUCCCAGCUGAUGUCGACCUUUGACUCGGCACUCCAUCUGGACGACCAGCUCACAUCGGAUCUCAGCCGCGAACUCGAGAACGGGCGUCUGGUGCGCCUGAUGACCAAGCUGAACUUUGUCAACGAGCGGCCAGAAUACGAACAUGACCGGCAAUGGUCCGAGACCGGCGAGCGAUAUUUCCUUAAGAUCUUCCGGGAUUACGUCUUCCAUCAGGUGGAUGCUCAGGGUGAUCCGGUGGUCGAUCUGGGACAUGUUCUGGCUUGUCUGAACAAGCUGGACGCUGGCACCGAUGAGAAGAUUACCUUGAUCAGCCGGGACGAGCAGAAUUGCUUUAUUGUCAGCUACAAGGAGAUCAAGAAGGCACUCGAGUCGUCCUUCCAGUCGCUGAUGAAGCCCACGCGGCGAAUGCACUAA